AUGGAGUGGCUACUGCGAGUGAUGCUGGUGGUGAUGGUGGUGCUAGUGGCGACCGUUGUAACCAGGGUAACGGUCGUAGAGGCACGCUCCAGCUUUCUCAACCGGAUGGAGAUGGCACCGAGGGGUUGCAAGUGGCAGCGUGUGUUGGAUGAGAUGGCCGCCGGUGGUGACGAGGAGGGUGCCGGUGGUCCGGCCACCGUCACGACGGUGCUGUCCUGCAAGCUGAAGACGAUCGGUGGUACGGAUACGCUGAUGCGUAACCUAACCGCCGGUCAGAUCGAGCGCAUCAACGCCCUGAAGCUGGAGUGCAGCGACAUCCUGUUCUUCGAGAGUUCGCUCGAAGCGAACCAGCAUUCGGGUGCGUUCCUUGGGUCGCUCAAGCGACUCCGGGAUCUGAAGAUCGAGUACUGCAAGAUCAAGUACGUGCCUUCGAUGGUGUUGUCGACGUUGCGUGACCUCCGGUCACUGUCCUUGCGCACCCACAACACCGACUGGUCGGCGAUGAACCUCGAGUUCCAUCCGGAGAGCUUCCGCGGGUUAACGGAGCUGAAGCGGCUCGAUCUGGCCGACAACAACAUCUGGGCCCUGCCAACGGAUGUCUUCUGUCCACUGUUCUCGUUGCGGCAUCUCAACCUAACCCGUAACCGGCUAACCGACAUCUCGCAGCUUGGGUUCUCCGAUUGGGGUAAUGGGCCUACGGCACCCGGGAAAGCCUGCAAUACCGGUCUCGAGGUGUUGGAUCUUUCACACAACGAUCUACUCUCGCUGCCCGACAAUGGACUUUCCUCGCUGCGCUCGUUGAGCGUGCUGAUGCUCCAGGACAACCUGCUGACGGCAUUGGCCGACCGGUCCUUCGUCGGGCUCGGUUCCCUGCGGGUACUGAACAUGUCGAGCAACAAGCUGGUGGCACUUCCACCGGAAACCUUCCAAUCACCGCGUGAACUGCGGCAGAUCUAUCUACAGAACAACUCCCUCUCGGUGCUGGCACCGGGACUGCUGGAGGGGCUGGAUCGUCUGGAGAUACUGGAUCUCUCCCGCAACGAGCUAACCUCCGAGUGGAUCAACCGGGACACGUUCGCGGGGUUGAAGCGACUGGUCGUGCUCGAAAUCAGUCACAACGCGUUGACCAAAAUCGAUCGUCACGUUUUUCGGGAACUGUACAGUCUGCAGAUCCUUAACCUCGAGGCGAAUCGCAUCGAAUCCAUUGCGGACAAUGCGUUCAGUGAUCUGAAGAACCUGGUCGCCCUGACGUUGUCCCACAAUCGGUUGAAGCGCAUCGAGCAGCAUCACUUCUCGGAGUUGUACGUCCUAAACCAACUGUACAUCGAGUCAAACCUCAUCGAAUCGAUGCAUGGCCGGGCACUGGAGAAUCUGACCAACCUGAACGACCUUAACCUCAACGAUAACCGGCUAACGGAGAUUCCGGAGGGGCUGGGUAAGCUGCGAUUCCUGAAGUCACUCGAUCUUGGCAAGAACCACAUCAACACCGUGAACAACGCAUCGUUCGAGGGGUUGGAGCAGCUUCUGGGGUUGCGGCUGGUCGAGAACCGGAUCACGAACAUCUCGCGUGAUGCUUUUGUGACACUUUCUUCGCUGCACGUCCUCAAUCUUGCCUCGAACCAGAUCCGCCAUAUUGACCAAUCGGCGUUCAGUGGCAAUCCAACGAUACGGGCGAUCCGCCUGGACAACAACGAACUGGAGGACAUUAGCGGUGUGUUUACGUCACUGCCGGCACUCGUGUUCCUCAAUGUGUCGGACAACCAGAUCCGUCUGUUUGACUAUUCCCACUUUCCGGUGUCACUCGAGUGGCUGGACAUGCACCAGAACAACAUCACCGAGCUGGGGAACUACUACGACCUAAACAAUCUGCAGAUCAAGAUGUUGGACGUAUCGUUCAAUCGGUUGACGGAAGUCGACGCCAAGUCUGUACCGGAUAGCAUCGAGACGCUGUUCCUCAACAACAACCUGCUGGAAUCGGUUGCGGCCGGUACGUUCCUGAGUAAGCGCAACCUAGAGAAGGUCGUCCUGUAUGGUAAUUACAUCCGGAAGUUGGAGAUUGGGGCGCUGGCAUUGACGCGCGUUGCCGAGGAUCGUGAGGUGCCACUGUUCUAUCUGGGCGAUAAUCCCAUUCAUUGCGAUUGUACGAUGGAGUGGUUGCAGGGUAUUAACAAGUUGGCUCAUCUGAGGCAACAUCCGCGCGUCAUGGAUCUCGAUACGGUGAUGUGCACGAUGGAGCAUGACCGGGGGGCGAGCAUUCGUCCGCUGAUGGAACUGAACGCCCAGGAUUUCCUGUGCCGGUACGAGACGCACUGUUUCGCCACCUGCCAUUGUUGCGAUUUUGAUGCGUGCGAUUGUAAGAUGACGUGUCCGGAUCGGUGUAGUUGCUACCAUGACCAUACCUGGAAGACGAACAUCGUGGACUGUGGAGCGGCCGAUUAUACGGAGGUGCCGGAACAUAUACCGAUGGAUGCGUCUACGAUCUAUCUGGACGGGAAUGAGCUACAGCAGCUCGGUAGUCAUCAGUUCAUUGGGAAGAAGAAGCUCGAAGUGCUGUAUCUCAAUGGGAGCAACAUCCGGAAUGUCCACAAUAGGACGUUCAGCGGAAUACCGAGUCUACGGGUGCUGCACCUCGAGAGUAACUACAUCCCGGAGUUGCGUGGCUUCGAGUUCGAUCAGCUGACCAAUCUGAACGAGCUGUACCUCGAUCGGAACGCGAUCGGGUUUGUCGGUGGACAGACGUUCCAAAAUUUGCGCUUCCUCGAGGUCGUCAAUCUGAGCGGUAACCGGAUCAGUGAAUUCCGGCCAUGGGUCGCCUUUGCGGCAGCUCGCGAAACGGGCUCCCUGCGGCGUGUUUCCCUCGAGGGUAAUCGGUGGCGGUGUGAUUGUGAGUCACUCGGUCGGUUGCAGCGCUGGAUACGGGAGGUGAGCGGGGAGUACGAUCUGAACCGUAUGGUCUGCGCGGAUAACCGGAUCGUGGCCGAUGCACUUGGUAGUUGCUCGGAGAACCGGUUGGACUUUGGUGGUGCUCUCGGUGGUCCGGGUGUGGAUCUGAGUGGUGAUGGUGAGGAAGCACCACCGACCGUCCACCGUACGGUACUGAUGGGUCACGGACUUAUCGGUGGUGGCUAUGUACCGUUGUUGGCCGCCGUCGUCGUCGCCAUCAUCGGAACGGCACUGAUCGUGGCGUUGGCCUGUGUAUUCCGGCAGGAUGUGCGGUUAUGGGCCCAUGCCCGGUACGGUGUCCGGCUCGUCAAGGAUCCUAUCAUCGUGGCCAGUAAGGAAGAUACGGAUCGCCUAUAUGAUAGCUACGUCGUGUACAGUGUCCAUGAUAAUGAGUUCGUCGGUCGUCUGCUUGGUGCCGAGCUGCAGCUGUACGGAUACUCCGUCUGUUUGCAUCAUCGUGAUGUCCAUCCGGGCGCGUUUCUCGCGGAUUCACUCCAGAGUGCAGCCGAUGCCGCACGGAAGGUGAUCCUCGUCGUCUCGAUGAACUUCCUGCAGAACGAAUGGUCUCAGCCCCAGUUCCGGGUGGCGCUCCAGUCGGUCAUCGAGAAUGUGCGGCCUGCGCAUCGGCGGCAUAAGAUCGUGAUCGUGCUGACGGCACCGAUCGAGCUGGUAUCGCUCGAUCCCAUCAUGAACCUGCUGAUCCGGACCUGCACCGUGGCGUGCUGGGGUGAGCGUAAGUUCUGGGAUAAGCUACGGUACGCGCUGCCGGACGUGAGUAAGGACCGGACGCCCAAGAAGCUGGGGGAUAUUACGCGUAGCCCGAACCUACGGUAUACGCCCGCACCGACAUCGCUGGAUCAGUGGUGCAAGCUCGGUGGUGCUGGUGGAGCCGUUCUCGUCGGUAGCGGGGCUGAUGGAGGACUUGUCGGUGCACCGAUGGGCGGUGGACCACCACCGGGUGGUCCGGUGGCCGUCCCACAGAGUACACCGUCGCAGAGUACCUGCAACACGGAGGAUGAAUCGUCGUCCGCCUCGUCGCAGCAGUACGAAGCGCCGAUGAGUCAGCACUACAACGGUAGCCGGUCGAGUGCCUCGCUGGGACACGUGUACUCCACGAUACCCGAGACGCCCCAGAUGGGUCGCAAUGGAAGAGCUUAUUUCGUGUAAGGAACGGCAUCCAUUUGUACAGUUCGAUUGGUGGUGAUGGUGGUAGGAGAGAAGGGAGACAGUUAAACAAGUUACUAAAAGUUAGCUCGAUAAGUUAAAGACAACUUUACACACAUACAGAGAGAGAGCCUCACAGACACAGGCACCGAGUCAGCCAAGUGUCAGGCAGUCCCCCGAAGUAGUACAGUGGGAUGGAAAGUCAAUUUUUGUUGAAUUUAAGUUUCCAACUCUCGGUAUAUAAGAUGAAUAAGACUUUAGGACCUUAUAAGAAGAAAAAGUGCAGAAGGCUACUAUGCGCUCCAUGUGUGCACCACUAUACAAGACGCUUCCUAUGUAAGCGACCGUUAUCUACCCCUUCUGCGUAUCCGUAUCUGUAUAUGUUAUCGAAUGCUCUACCGCGCCUCCAUCGUACUCCAUGUCCAUGCCUCUGAUUUGCCAAAUAUUACUUCCCAAAAGUCUCAGUCUCAGUCUACGUCUACGUCUACUUACGUGUUGCAAGAAGGAAUGGUAGGAAGGAGCAGAAGAAGAAGGAGAAGAUGGACACAGAACUCGAGGAAAGGGAACAAAAAAGGGAAGAGGAUGAUGAUGAUGAUGAGCGAUGUAGCACCACUACUAAUAGACACACACACUCUAUUGACUUAAAUGAUCGUGAUACUAGUUUUAUAUGGCCUUUACGACCCAGUCUGCCCAGAAGCGUCUGCUGGAGGUCUCCCCAAGAAGUAGAAGAAGAAGAACAAGCGAACGGAAGUAGAAGGUAGAAGAGGAAGCGGAUUAAUUAGGUUCCAAUAGAAUGCCCCAGGAGGAAUGGUCUUCGGCGCACAUCACAGCACCGCACACCGCAACACCACGAUCCCAUCGACCAUGGGCACACUACGUCACCUUCUACACUAGUACUGAAUGCUAAAGAUAGGAGCUGGAAGUUGCAGGAUCGCGGAACAAUGUCUAACAAGAGCCUAAUCGCCUCGCACCGCACCGCACCGAAGGUAAUUGUGGUGCGGAAUUGUUACUCCUCACGUGUCUGUGUGUGUAUUCUACGUCGAUCCCAGGUACCCUGUAAUUGUAGCUCUUAUUGCGUCAUUAACGUGGUCACAAACAAACACAGGGAUGAAGAAGCAGAACACACGCCGGUGGAAGUGGCGGUGGCGGUGAUGGUGCGGAAGUGUAGCUGGGUAAUAAUCAAACGUUGUUCCUCUCACACACGUUACUGUUUGUGGUUUGUUGAGGUGCCAUUGGGGGAAGCUGCGGGAACUGAAGAAGUAAAAAGGGAAGAGAGUAAGAAUAAGAAAGUCGCCGGAGGAAGUAACUUAGCUAGACAUAGAAAAGAGAGAAUAAGGAGGAGGAGGAAGAGAGAGAGAAAAAGAAGAGGAAAGGUGAAGAAGAAGUAGUGAACUGACCAAGUAACAACGAGAUAGAAGAAACUAACCCAAUAGAACAUGGUAAAGAACUUUAAGCAAAACUCGCAUAAGAAACCGGUGCAGCAGCAGCAGCAGCAGUAACAGGAGCCAAUCAAACAAACAUAAUGAUCGCAUGCCAUAAUGACUGCGUGCGUACUGGAGCAGCACAACAACACACACACUCACACACAGAAACAAGUAUUGUAAAUUAACAAGUUACCCUCCUUCUCAUCGCCGCUCCCAUCCAGAACACUAUAACACCUCAACCACACAUCACAUAAGAAAAAAAAACACGCAAAAGAAUCGCACAACAGAAAACAGCGCAAAGAGAACCCGGGUACAAGGCACAAGAACUCACAAGACGCGAAGCGAAAAGAGGAAGCGAGGAAGCAAGGAGCGUAGCGAGUGAAUGAAUCAAAUUAUAGCAUUACAGAUGAAAACAAAUUGAGUAAUAGGAGGACAGCGGCGAAGAGAUGAAAAUUAGAUAACUACUAGCAGCAGCAGCAGCGCGCAACGGAAGUAGUAAAGCAGGGCCCGGGCUAAGGCUGCACCAAAAGCACAGAGAGAAAGGAGAACAAGAAGGAAAACAGAAUUCACAUUCUAAUGAAAAAGGGCUCGCGCUCGUUCGCUCGCUCGCUCGCUAUUUUGUACAGUUCGACUAGAAGAUAAUAAUUUAUUACACGAAAAACAAGCCAACAGACUUAGCCCUCGGGCGGCCCGGGGAGAGUGUAUCUAAGUGUUCGGUUUUGUUCGGUAACACCGGAACCUGGCGCAGCUCCGGAACACAGCGAGUAUACAGCGAGAAAAAAAUGUAAAAUCCGCGGUUGGGGAAAGGGUGGACAAGGGCGCACCAUGUAAAGAGAGAAGAAGAAGAGAGAUGAAGAGAGAUGAAAAGAGAGAAGGAGAAGGAAUGAAAUACAAUUUUG